AUGGCGACUCCAAACUCUACGCCCAGUCGCUCGGCCAUACCAACAGCUACACCUUCCGCAGCCCGUCAACGUACUAGGUCCCGAAGCCACACCAGGUGUACACAUAUGACAAUGACCCGCUUGUACACCCAAGACUUUAAAUGUGAGAUCUGUCUCCAGAUUCCGUCAAUAGGCUGGCUGUGGAGAUGUAGCCAAGACCGAGAAUUGAUGCUGGAACAUGCUCUGGAGCGUGGCUAUCUAGAGAAGAUGGAUGGUCUCAGUGACAUCUUUCCAGUACCAACUUCGCCGAUGAAGGGAAGUCCCGCUGCCCGGGUAUCGAAGUUCAGCUUUUUGGAGGAGGUUAGUGAGGAGGCCCUCAAAACAUACACACCAGAACAGGUGACCCAGAUACUCAACCAGAGAGCUCGUGUAUUGGAGGUAGCUAGAGGGAUGGAUCCUGCAACCCCAGACGACGAACCGAUUCGUUCAACCGGCUCAACCGAUAAUACUUCAUCACCAUCGCGCCCAAAACCUUCUGAGUCUCCAUCAAAGAAACCCGCAAAGCCACCGAGAAAACCCUGGUUGCCUGCGAAUGGUACAGAGUGCCAAUUCAAGUGCUGCCACCAUUGCCGACGUUCUUUCUCCAGCCGGGGCUUCCUUAGUCUCAACGGAAUAGUCAAUGGUGACCUCCCUCUAACUGUAACCACUGGCUUUGGAUUCCAUCUUCAGAAACACAGACCUGUUGCCCUUGUCAAACACGUAAAGAACCUCGGUCUUCGACCAUCUCCCCCUCCACGUGACCCGAAUUCCAGCCCCCAAAGAGUGCAAAUGCAACAGAGAAAUCAAGUACACUCACCAGCAAUUCGUCGCCGAGAAGGGGGACGGCGGAUUGCUGGGGGAAAGGGGCGUGGAAAGGAGUCGGGGUCGACGAGGCCGAAUCCUAGACCCGGGGGAGGGGGGCGGCGGACGGCUGGGGGGAGGGGGCGUUGGAGGGAGAUGGGGUCGACGAGGCCAAAUCCUAGACCUGGGGGAGGGGCAGGUCUAGGACUCGGUCUCAUCGACCCCGCCUCCGCGAACCCAUUCCUCGAACGCCCCCUCCCCUCAGCAGUCCGCCGCCCUCCCCCCCCAGGUCUAGGGUUCGGCCUCGGCGACCCCUUCUCCAUCCAACGCCCCUUUCCCCCAGCAAUCCGCCGUCCCCCUUCCCCAGGUCUAGGACUUGGUCUCGUCGACCCCGCCUCCGCGAUGCCACUCGACCAACGCCCCCUUCCCCCAGCACCCCCUAUCCGCGAUCCAUCCUCUCCCUUCAACAUCUCCAUCUACAACCAACAACGCCAGCCAAUGACUCCCCGAAUCGCUCCCCAAAUGCCUCCCCGCCACCGCCAACGCUCCACCCCCAGCACCGCAAAUUUCGAAAUCGCAGUCCGCACUCCGCUGCCCGCGCAAUCACCCCAAGAGCUAGCCACCAUCUCCACGCCCAUGACGCCGAUGCAGGAGAGCGAGCGGGUCGGCAUCCUCGGUAGAGCGCCGCUGGAUCUGGGAAAUGGCGUUGCCGUCACCGAGGAGGCUGUCGGUUUGCACGUUCCGGAUCUGAUUACGCAGUUCUGAGCUUAUGACGUUGGGAAUGGGCACGGCGUACGUGUGUUGGAGUAUUGGGAGUUGUGAUUACAGAGGGCAUUGUUUGAUUAUUUGGAUUUGUGACAGUCUUUGCGCAGUGGUUAC